AUGGAAAUAUUCACGAACAUAUCUCUCACCUUCGCUCUUUUGACACGUCAAAUAAUCCUCCCCCUCAACCUUGAAUCUCCUUCUGCUUCUCAUGGAAGAUCAAUCACAACCUUCUCCACCACCACCGCUACCACAACCACCACCACCACUUAAAACCUACAAAAUUACAGCCUCAUCAAUCUCCUAUGUUAAAUCCACCACAACUUCCAACAGCAUUAUUGCACCAUUCCUCCUCUUCAAACAAUGCACUACAACCCCACCGAGUUACAUCCUCAAGGAAGUGUCUCUCACAGCCUAUCCAUCUCAAAUCCUUGCCGUUGUUGGCCCAAGUGGAGCUGGAAAAUCCACUCUUUUAGACAUUUUAGCUGCCAGAACUUCACCAACAAGUGGCAUUCUCCUUCUCAACUCAACCCCUAUCAAUCCUUCUUCAUUUCGCAAGCUGUCAGCUUAUGUCCCUCAACAUGAUGCAUGCCUCCAAUUGCUUACUGUAUCUGAAACAUUCACCUUUGCUGCUCGCCUUCUCAACCCAAAAUCAUCACAAAUCGCCGCCAUCGUUGAGUCUCUUCUCAACGAGCUAAACCUGACACACUUGGCUAAUGCAAGGUUAGCUCAUGGACUAUCCGGUGGGGAACGGAGGCGUGUUUCAAUAGGGCUAAGCCUCCUUCAUGACCCAGGUAUCUUACUCCUUGAUGAACCCACUUCAGGACUUGAUAGCAAAUCAGCUCUUAAUGUGAUGCAAACCCUCAAAUCCAUUGCUACUUCACGUUAUAGAACUGUGAUUUUGUCCAUUCAUCAACCAAGCUUCAAUAUCCUUUCUACUAUCGACAAAAUACUUUUGUUGAAUAAAGGAACUGUGGUUCACCAUGGUAGCCUUUCUUCAUUGGAAAGUUUCUUGCUAUCUAAUGGCUUCACUGUCCCUCCACAGCUCAACGCCCUUGAAUAUGCCAUGGAAAUUCUAAACCAGCUUCAGGAGAGUAAACCCAACACACCACCAUCACUACCUCCAUCACCAGACAAUUCUACAAUCUCCCCUUCUGAUAAUAAAGCAAGAAGUAUCAGAAACAAGAUUUCAAGACUCCAUGAAAUCUGUGUUCUAUAUAGUAGGUUUUGGAAGAUCAUUUAUAGAACAAGGCAGCUAUUGUUGACAAAUACAUUAGAAGCACUUAUUGUUGGUCUUGUUCUAGGAACCAUUUACAUCAACAUUGGAUAUGGCAAGCAAGGUAUUGAAAAAAGGUUUGGUCUCUUUGCUUUCACUCUCACUUUCCUUCUCUCUUCCACUACUGAAACACUCCCAAUCUUCAUCAAUGAAAGGCCAAUUCUACUAAGAGAAACAUCAAGUGGGCUUUAUAGACUAUCAUCUUAUCUCAUAGCAAACACUCUUGUUUUCUUGCCAUACUUGCUUGCAAUUGCCAUCAUUUACUCAGUCUCGAUUUAUUUCUUGGUGGGGCUUUGUGGUACCUGGCAGGCUUUUGCUUACUUUGUUUUGGUCAUUUGGGUCAUUGUCUUGAUGGGAAACUCAUUUGUAUUAUUCUUGAGCUCUCUUGCACCAAAUUACAUAGCAGGAACUUCUUUGGUGACAAUACUUCUUGGUGGGUUCUUUCUCUUCUCUGGCUACUUCAUUUCACAGGAUAGCAUGCCCAAGUACUGGCUCUUCAUGCACUUCUUUUCCAUGUACAAGUAUGCCCUUGAUGCACUACUCAUAAAUGAGUAUUCUUGCCUUGUAAACACGUGCUUCUUGUGGUACCAAGAGAACAGCACUUGCAUGGUGACUGGCGGUGAUGUGCUGCAGAAGAGAGGGCUCCAUGAGAGGCAGAGAUGGACAAACAUCUACAUUUUGCUUGGGUUUUUUGUGUUCUAUCGCGUGCUUUGUUUGCUGGUUUUGAUCAGAAGGGUUUCAAGAUCAAAAAAAUAAAUUAAGGCAAAUCUAGCUUAUAUGUUUAAUUAACAAACUUCUCACUUUCUUCCAUAUUUUGUUGUAAUUUUCUUUUCUCUGUCUGCUGAAAAUGAAGCUCCUGUGAUGACUUCUUCUGCUUCACUUGGUUUGCCAAAACAAACGAAGAAAAUGACAUCGCGAGGAAGCAAGUUCAAAUAUUCUUGAUGAUUUUAUUCUCUGUAAUCAUCAAUAUAUGUUGCCCUAUGUCUUUUGUUGCAAGAAAUUAAAUCCACAAAAAAGAAAAGCAUGGUUUGGUUUGGAGCUAUCA